AUGGCCUCGGUCAAGGUGGCCGUGAGGGUCCGGCCCAUGAAUCGCAGGGAAAAGGACUUGGAAGCCAAAUUCAUUAUUCAAAUGGAGAAAAGCAAAACGACCAUCACAAACUUAAAGAUACCAGAAGGAGGGACUGGGGACUCAGGAAGAGAACGGACCAAGACCUUCACCUACGACUUUUCUUUUUAUUCUGCUGAUACAGAAAGUCCAGAUUAUGUUUCUCAAGAAAUGGUUUUCAAAACCCUUGGCACAGAUGUCGUGAAGUCUGCAUUUGAAGGUUAUAAUGCUUGUGUCUUUGCAUACGGGCAGACCGGAUCAGGAAAGUCAUACACUAUGAUGGGAGACUCUAGUGAUUCUGGCUUAAUACCCCGGAUCUGUGAAGGGCUCUUCAGUCAGAUAAACGAAACCACCAGAUGGGAUGAGGCGUCUUUUCGAACUGAAGUCAGCUACUUAGAAAUUUAUAAUGAACGUGUGAGAGAUCUACUUAGACGGAAGUCAUCCAAAACCUUCAAUCUAAGAGUCCGUGAGCAUCCAAAAGAGGGGCCUUAUGUGGAAGAUUUAUCCAAACAUUUAGUGCAGAAUUAUGGUGAUGUUGAAGAGCUUAUGGACGCAGGAAACAUCAACCGGACCACCGCCGCCACGGGGAUGAAUGACGUCAGCAGCCGGUCUCACGCCAUCUUCACCAUCAAGUUCACGCAGGCAAAAUUUGAUUCUGAAAUGCCGUCUGAAACCGUGAGUAAGAUCCACUUGGUCGACCUCGCGGGCAGCGAGCGGGCGGAUGCCACUGGCGCCACGGGGGCCCGGCUGAAGGAAGGGGGCAACAUCAACAAGUCCCUCGUGACGCUGGGCAACGUCAUUUCUGCCUUAGCUGAUUUAUCUCAGGAUGCAGCAAACCCUCUUGUAAAGAAGAAGCAAGUUUUCGUGCCUUACAGGGAUUCUGUUUUGACUUGGUUGUUGAAAGACAGCCUUGGUGGAAACUCUAAAACAAUCAUGAUAGCCACCAUUUCACCUGCUGAUGUCAAUUACGGAGAAACCCUAAGUACUCUUCGCUAUGCAAAUAGAGCCAAAAACAUCAUCAACAAGCCUACCAUUAAUGAGGACGCCAACGUCAAGCUCAUCCGUGAACUGCGAGCCGAAAUAGCCAGGCUGAAGACGCUGCUUGCCCAGGGGAAUCAGAUUGCCCUCUUGGACUCCCCCACAGCCUUAAGUAUGGAGGAGAAACUUCAGCAGAACGAAGCCAGAGUUCAAGAAUUGACCAAGGAAUGGACAAAUAAGUGGAAUGAAACCCAAAAUAUUUUGAAAGAACAGACUCUGGCCCUAAGGAAGGAAGGGAUUGGGGUUGUUUUGGACUCCGAGCUGCCCCAUCUGAUCGGCAUAUAUGAUGACCUCCUGAGCACUGGCAUGAUCCUGUAUCACUUGAAGGAAGGUCAGACACAUGUCGGCAGAGAAGAUGCUUCGACAGAACAAGAUAUUGUUCUUCACGGCCUCGACUUGGAGAGUGAGCACUGCAUCUUUGAGAAUGUUGGGGGUACGGUGACUCUGAUCCCCCUGAGUGGGUCCCAGUGCUCUGUGAACGGCGUUCAGAUCAUGGAGGCCACACACCUCAAUCAAGGCGCCAUGAUCCUCUUGGGAAGAACCAACAUGUUUCGUUUUAACCACCCAAAGGAGGCCGCCAAGCUCAGGGAGAAGAGGAAGAGCGGCCUUCUGUCCUCCCUCAGCUUGUCCAUGAGCGACCUGUCCAAGUCCCGUGAGAACCUCUCCGCCGUCAUGCUGUACAACCCAGGUUUUUUCCCUAUAAAAGGACCCAUUUGUCUAAGACUUGAAUUUGAGCGGCAGCAGCGUGAAGAGCUUGAGAAAUUAGAAAGUAAAAGAAAACUCAUAGAAGAGAUGGAGGAGAAGCAGAAGUCCGACAAGGCGGCGCUGGAGCGGAUGCAGCAGGAGGUGGAGACGCAGCGCCAGGAGACGGAGAUGGCGCAGCGGCAGAUCCGCAAGCAGGAGGAGAGCCUCAAACGGCGCAGCUCGCACCUGGAGAGCACGCUCAAGGACCUGCUGGCCGAGAAGGAGCGCUUCGAGGAGGCGAGGCAGCGGGAGCAGCAGGAGGCGGAGCUGCAGAAGAGGAAGCAGGAGGAGGAGCGCUUCCUGCGUGCCCAGGAGGAGCUCCAGCGCCUGCAGGAACUCAACAGCCACGAGAAGGCCGAGAAGGUGCAGAUAUUUCAGGAGCUGGAGCGACUCAAGAGGGAGAAGGAGGGGCAGUACGCCAAGCUGGAGCGGGAGAAGCAGCGGCUGGAGGAGCAGGAGCGGGAGCAGGUCCUGCGCGUGGCGCAGCUGGAGGCGCAGCUCCACGCGAAGCAGCAGCUACUGCGGCCGCCGCGGUGCGGGGAGGCGCAGCGCGCAGCCGAGGAGCGCCGGCACCUGGAGGGCAUCCGCGCCGCCCUCCUGCGCGCCAGGGAGGCCGGGGCCGAGGGGGGUGGCGACGGCCCGGAGCUCGAGCAGGUGCAGCUGCGGUUCUUAGAGUUCAAGCGGAGGCAGCUGGCCACGCUGGCCAACCUGGAGAAGGACCUGGUGCAGCAGAAGGACCUCCUGAAACGGGAGGUGGAGGAGGACCAGGAAAUCCUCCGCGAGCGCUUACCAUCUGGCAGCCAGGAAGAAUUGAGGGGGUCGGAAAAGGAGGAGGAGGGCGGCGCGGCUGUCCUCUGGGCAGCCGGAGCGGUGGGGGGGCCCGGGCCGGCGGAGGGCAGGCUGCAGUGUAAGAAGCGUCAGCUCGAGGACCUCCUGCAGCAGCAUUUGCCUAGGCUGUCGGAGGAGAAGCAGAGAGUCCGUGAGAUCCUCGACCGAGGCCCUCUCGGCCUGGACAACACUCUGUACCUAGUGGAGAAAGAGAUGGAAGAAAAGGAAGAACAGCUCGCGCAGUACCAGGCCAGUGCCAGCCAGCUGCAGAAGCUGCAGGCCACCUUCGAGUUCACGGCCAACGUGGCCCGGCAGGAGGAGAAGGUGAGGCGGAAGGAGAAGGAGAUCCUGGAGUCCCGCGAGCAGCAGCAGCGCGAGGCGCUGGAGCGCGCGGUGGCCCGGCUGGAGAGGAGGCACUCCGCGCUGCAGAGGCGCUGCGCCCGGGCCGCUGGCGGCGAGCAGGCCGGGCAGGAAGCCCUGCAGAAGGAUCGGGAGAGGUUAGAACAUGAAAUCCAGCAGUUGAAGCUGAAGAUCUGUGAGGUCGAUGGUGUUCAAAAAGGGCAUCGUGGGACCUUAGAGGGAAAGCCUGCUGCUUCCAGCUUCCCAUCCAGUGCAGAAAAAUCUCACCCGGUCCCUCUGAUGGAUGCGAGGAUCAGUGCGUACAUUGAGGAGGAGGUCCAGAGACGCCUGCAGGACCUGCAGCGUGUGGUUGGUGAUGGCAGCAGUGAACCUGCGGACACUGUGAAGGAUAAUGAGAAACUCCACAAUGGCACCAUUCAACGUAAGCUAAAAUAUGAGCGGAUGGUUUCCCGCUCUUUGGGAGCGAAUCCAGACGGCCUGAAGGACCCCAUCAAAAUUAGCAUCCCCCGCUAUGUCCUCUGCGGCCAAGGGAAGGACGAGCACUUCGAGUUUGAGGUCAAGAUCACUGUCCUGGAUGAGACGUGGACCGUGUUCAGACGAUACAGUCGUUUCCGAGAAAUGCAUAAAACACUGAAACUGAAGUAUGCAGAGCUUGCGACCCUUGAAUUCCCUCCAAAGAAACUGUUUGGAAACAAGGAUGAACGUGUGAUUGCUGAGAGGCGAAGUCAAUUAGAGCGGUACCUCAGGGACUUCUUCAGCGUGAUGCUCCAGUCGGCCACGUCCCCGCUGCACAUCGACAAGGUGGGGCUGACGCUGUCCAAACACACGGUGUGCGAGUUCUCGCCGUUCUUCAAGAAGGGCGUCUUCGACUACAGCAGCCACGGGACGGGGUAG